AUGGCAGAUCCUUAUUCUUACAGGAUUGGAAAAAAGGUUGCCGUGUCCAGCAGAAGUAACGCAGACAAAGAAAGUAACAACGCGGAGAUGAAGAUCAACCCAGCGUACGACCCAUCGAGGCUUGGGAAUGCAACCACUGACAAAACAGAAGGCAAGAGGAAAGGACGGCCGAAAGCAGACAGCCAGGCCCUGAAAGAUAUUCCUCUGCCUCUCAUGAACCAAUGGAAAGAAGAAUUCAAGGCCCAUUCCAGGGUGAAAUGUCCCAACACUGGCUGUUGGCUGGAAUUUCCCAGCAUCUAUGGGCUGAAGUACCAUUACCAGCGCUGUCUAGGGGGUGCCAUUGUGGAAAAACAAACCUUCCCUUGUCCGUAUUGUGAAGCCGUGUUCGCUUCAAAAACCCAGCUGGAAAAGCACCGUCUCUGGAACCAUCUGGAUCGGCCGUUGCCGGCCAUCGCCCCGCCGGUGGAAAAGAAAGUGUCGAAAGCCGUUAGCAAGAGCGGAGGCAAGAAAAGAGCUGCCGAGGGUUCAGGUUCCCCCACCAUCCAUCCCAAACAGGCAAAGGUAGAGAAGAAGGCCGUGACCGUACAGCGGCCUGAGAAUGGGGAGUGCGCGGCUGUGAACCAAGGCAGCAGAGAGUUCAAGACCGCCCCGGCAGCUCAGCCGUUGGGCAGCAGGGGAUCCAAGCACCAGACGAGCAGGCCGGCGGCCGUUGUGCAGGAAGAAGACCCGGAAAGGAUGAAACACAGAAGGAAACAGAAAACUCCUAAGAAGUUUACCGGGGAGCAGCCGUCCAUCUCAGGAACGUUUGGAUUGAAAGGACUGGCCAAAGCGGAGGACAAAGCGAAAGCACACCGAGCGAAGAAGCUGGAGGCCGGCCUGAGCGGCAGCCACAACCACAGCAACAGCGACGAGCAGAAGAAGAAAUCGUCCGGAUCCGGUAUGAAAAAAGAGGUGGCGCCGACGGCAGUCACACCGGCUCCUUCCACUACAGUGAGCCCAGAGGAGCACUGGCAACAGACGAUCAAUGAGAAGGGAGAGGUUGCUUGUCCGACCUGCAGCAUGAUCACCCGGAAGACCGUCCUCGGCCUCAAGAAGCACAUGGAAGUCUGCCAAAAAUUGCAGGAUGCCUUGAAAUGCCAGCAUUGCAAGAAGCAAUUCAAGUCCAAAGCGGGAUUGAAUUAUCACACCAUGGCUGAACAUGUCAACAAGCCUGCUCCAGUGGAAGCCACUGUUCCUCUGAGCGAACUUGAAGAGCGGGAGAGGCUGAGGAAAGUGCUAAAGCAGAUGGGGAAACUAAAAUGCCCCAAUGAGGGCUGCAUGGCUACUUUCUCCAGCCUUAUGGGCUACCAGUAUCACCAGAUGAGGUGUGGGAAGCAGCCUUCCGAGGUGGAGAAGCCAGUCUUCGCUUGCCCACACUGUGGAAAGACGUACAAGUCAAAAGCAGGGCAUGACUACCACGUGCGGUCGGAGCAUCCCGCAACGCCUCCAGAACAGCCUGAGAUAAAGCCGGAAGCCAGCCCAGCUGACGAUUUAGAGAGGACUCCGAGCGGUAGGAUUCGGCGCACGUCAGCCCAGGUGGCUGUCUUCCAUUUGCAAGAAAUUGCCGAGGAUGAGCUGGCCAAAGACUGGACUAAACGGAGGAUGAAGGACGAUCUGGUCCCUGAAACAAAACGGCUCAAUUACACCCGUCCUGGUCUUCCGAAGCUGAAUCCAGGGCUCCUGGAGGAGUGGAAAAAUGAAGUGAAAGAAAAAGGUCACAUCAACUGUCCAAAUAAUUGCUGUGCAGCCAUCUAUUCCAGUGUGUCGGGCCUGAAAGCCCACCUUGCGAAUUGCAACAAGGGAGACCACUCCGUGGGGAAGUAUCGUUGUCUUCUGUGUCAGAAGGAGUUUAGCUCAGAAAGUGGAGUCAAAUACCACAUCAUUAAGACUCACUCAGAGAACUGGUUCCGAACCUCAGCGGAGGCCAUCCGGAAGAAGAAAAGUGGGGAACACGGCCUUCCCAGCCAUGAGGAGAAACAUAAAAGCACAGACGGGAAAAAACGGGGGCGAAAGCCGAAAGAGAGGCCCCCAGAGGCUUUCAUGAACAGCAAAGAAAGCAUGGCAGGAAAGACUAACCACAAGAAAACGACAGGGUUGUGGCAAACGCUGGACUCCACGCCGGACGGGAGAGAGAAAGGUAACAAGACUCCUCAGAGCAAAAAAGGGCCAGAGAAAUAAGGAAUUGAGGAAAAUAUAUACAUAUAUAUAUAUAUGACUCUCUGAUGAUUAGUUUACAGCCCAGGGUAAUGGGGCAAAGGGGAAUAAUUCCCCCAGAGCUGAGCCCCUCUACCAUCUGCUCAUCCCCUUUUAAAGCAAGAAACCACUUUAAAACGUAACGAUGGACCUCUGAUUUCCUGCUGGAAGAAGAAAACAGGACAAGAUGAUUCUCCCAUCGCGAACCUCCCAUCGGAUCACGCAGACGCCUGCAGCUGUUCGCCUCCAUGGGUCUUGGGGGCUGCAUCCGUUGUCGGGUGAAAUGAUAAGCUGGUUAAUGGUGGGACGCUACGUCCAUCAUAUCCUCCUCUUCCUCCUCCUCCUUCUGUGUUGAGAAGGGAUGGUGGUCAACCAGGGGAGAGCGGACGAGGGCUGCUCAAGCAGAAGGGGAGAGCUAAGUGCAAUAGGAACCCAGGUGUAAGCUCGUCAUCCUCUUUCUCUGAAUUAUUAUUUGUGGAUUGCUUUUUUCAGGUAGCAGUCAUGUGUUAGGAAAAAAUAGAGCUGGUGGGAAUUCUAUGAAUGAAAUUAUUGUUCGUGAUUGUGGUUGCAUAACCAGCUUUCUUUAUAGUUUUCAAAGCAAAUGCUUUUUAAAAAAAACAUAUAUAUAUAUGGUGAGAUUGUUUGACAAUUAAGAGUUCCAGAAUUUUGUUGAAUUUAGGGGACGGGUUUAUGAUGACGGCCGUGAUUAAUUAUAUUGAUUUCAGAGCUUAGUUUUGUUUUCAGUUUGGCAAGCAGCUGGCAGCCACUUUGGAGUCUAUAAUUUCAACAUCAAGGUUGCAGGAAAAAUGAGGAAAAAGAUUUAACUGAGUUGGGGAGGUGCUUUUUGCAGAGAGCUUCCCCUGAAACUUUUUCUUGCAGAGUUAAUUGCCUGCAUAGGGUUUUUUUAAAAAUAAAUACACAAAUAAAGCCGCAA